AGAUGGGUCGGUGCGGCGCCGGCCGCGUCACUUUUUCCCUCGAGACUAUCUCGGGCAGUGCUUAGCGGCGCAGAGAGAGGUGAUUAUGUCAGCGGCGAGGCGCGCGGCCCGCCAGUGACGCCGGCGACAUGAACGCCCGCAGCAUCUCCUUCGAAAUGUCCAUGGAGGGCCGGCAGGUGGACGAGGUGGUGGCGAGCAUCUUCCACACGGUGCUCUUCCACCGGUCCAGCGGCAAGUUCACGUACAACAACGAGGAGAGCUACUCGAUCCGCACAGUCAGCUACAUCGACGUCGACUGCGACUUCAUAGACUUUACGUACGUGUGCUGCGAGUCGGACGCGCUCGGGAGAUGCGUCAAGAAGGAGAUCUCCGAGUUCUCGGACAUGCUGCGCACCGCCAGCUCGUGCCCGCCGCGCGGCUCCAUCAGUCUCGAGUUCUUCCAGAAGAGGCGAGCGCGCUGGCCCUUUCAGCCCGAGUGUGUGCCCUGGGAGGUGUGGACGGUGUGCUGCGAGCUCACCGAGACGCGCAACGACCACGACAUGCACUCGCGUCACGAGAGCGUCGUCGAGAUGCUGCAGGACAAGAUCGUGCACAUCACGGAGAUCAUCAACCGGCACGAGUACGUGCCGAAGAUGCCGAGCCGCUCCGACGCCGACCUGAUAUUCGACACUUCGUACGCGGACAUCCAGCCCUACCUGUUCAAGAUCCAGUACAACUUGUCGGGCGCUCCGCCCACCUCCGUAGGAAACACAGUGCGCAAACUCAUCCGCGAUACCCUGUCCUUGUGACUACUUGCGUGUCCAUGUUUCGUAUUGGAGCUGUGGCUGACCUAUGAGUUGUGUAAUUUCUUAUCUCCCAAGUCGAUAUUAACCAUUAGUACCGUUUACUUCACCUUUAUAUUUUUCUCGUAUAUUAUUAUAGUGCAUUCGUAAAGUUUGGCGGAGUCGUUAGUCAUAGAAUAUAUUUUAAACUAACGGUGUAUAACAUGUAAUGUGCAAUCGUUAAUAACGUGUGGCAAUUAAUGUAAAUAAUAGAUUAUAAUUAGUCUUAUGAUGUUGUUUUUCUGACUAUAUAUUUUUAAUAAAUAAUAACUUGAAAUGUGUGAAUUAUUUAGUAUGUGAUUUCAUAGUAAUAAUGUACUUAUUUAGCACAAAAUUAUGUAUAUGUAUGUAGACUGAGAGAAAUAGGUCCGAUCAUAACUAGUCUAUAAUUUAACUCAUUAUUUUCUAAUAAUUCGUGUAAUUUGUCUUUAUUUUAUUGAUUGAUAUAUUUAUUUGGUGAUAUUCGUUUUUCUAUUGUAGUGUUAGCUUUAAUACAAUAGUUGUAGCUUUAUUAUUUGAGAGCAUUGGCUCCGGAAGCUGGUUGAUGUGUCCACUCAUUUCUAUCAUUUAAGAUUUAAUUUGUCUUAUCUAUCUUAAGUUAGCGGCUUAAAUAAAUGAUAUAAUUUAUGUAUACAUUGUAUAUUAGAGUAAAUUUCUGCCAUUUUUUUCCGUAUAAAUAUUUAUUAAGACAAACUGCACGGAGCAGGGAUUUUAAUUAUUUUAAAAAUAUAUUAAUUCUUGACAUUAUAGUUUCCGACAGUUGAGUUGGCACGUGGCGCGCAAGUGUACUCUAGAUCUCGGCGUGCCAAGUCAAAUGUGAGAUCAAAUCUGUCUUAUGAAUCUUAUUUUGUGAUAUUUCUAAUUCGAUGCCACAUUAAAAAGUACACUGAAGUUUCA